AUUUGUGGAAGCCAUGAUGUUGGAUGUCAGGAAGCAUUAUCAAAGUGCUGUCAGCCAAAUGCUGUAAGUUCAAUUUCCUCAAUUGCCAUGGGUGUUUUCACAAUAUGGUUAUAUUGCCAUGGGUGUUUUCACAAUAUGGGUGCUCAGUUCUCGUAUUUACCAGGUGAACAUACCUAAACAGAGGCGUACUUACUGCAAAAAAUGUAAGAAACAUAAGCCUCAUAAGGUCACCCAGUACAAGAAGUCAAAGGAAUAUUCAUAGAUCAAAACCUAACAUAUAACAAACAAGUUGAUACACUUUGUAAUAAAAUAAACUCUAAUAUAAAACUCUUAAACUCCUGAGGUACUUUUCCAGAUACCUGGAAAUUGAUGCACUUAUUUCAGUAUAUUAUGAG